AAGUCUUUUUACCUUUGCGGAGAACUUGCGAGUUGGAAAUAGAAAGUACAACGUUUGCUCUGUGCGCUCCCAAGCUACGAGAUCUAGUCGAGAACAAAUCUCCAAAUAUAGUUUCUGCUUACACUAUGAGAAAUGUAAAAAAGAACACCAAUCCUAAGUUGUAUCUGCAAAACUGUUUGAAGAAGUGGAAGCAACUGUUUAGUAUACUGUGUAAACGUGCAAUAGCCUAUUUAAAUAGCGCGCGGCUCCUUGCGUCGCCGCCAUCUUGCCACCGUCUGCGCGCGCUGCGGCUACUAAGCAUCGCAUUGGUCGCUUGAGAUCCUAACAUAUUUCCUAACCGAUCACGUGUGUGUGGUCCGCGCGGCUCGUGCCGGCGAGCAUCAAGUGUUUCAUUUGGGACGCCGAGUGGUGCACACGUCUUCCGACCGAAGGAAAAAUUUUUGAUCCUGCGGGAUUGCAUCAUCCCGCGCGUGGCCCGGUUACCGGCCAUUAGGAGACCACCGGAGGACCAUUAAGACUACCGGUUCGCCGAGUCCGCGUCAGCUCACGCUGUAGAAUCUGGGAGCCAAAAAAAACCCGAAGAAGAAGCGCACCCAUCAAUGGCCGGCCCGCCGACGGGACGGAAAAGUCGAAGGUGUUAGAUAAACCAGCACACAUCUCGCAGGUUUGGGACAAUAUUGUUGCCGUUACCAUAACUUCUCGUACACCUGAAGGUCUCCGACGCAUCAGGGGUACACACAGUCCCGAGACACAAACUGCCGAUAUUCAAAUUCCUCAAGAUGUACGAGAGCCGGUUUAUGUUGUGUACAAGCGUGUCGAAACUCAACAAGAUGAGAAACGUGUGCAUAAUCGCCGAAGAUCCGAGCGGUAGAAUGGUCUCGCUCAAUCCGGAUCAUAGAAACACCAUACAGGAUGGGCAAGUCAAGUUGCCAUAUUGCCCGAUGCACACCUAUAAACCGUUGUCCGAUAAAGGCUGGGCGGAACAAGAAAUGACAUCCUUGCCCAACGUAAAGAUGAAGAUUCUCGAGUCUCGUAUGCAACAAUUGUUAGCGUCGCACAACGGCAUUCUACCGUUGCUAAGGUGCCGGGUGCCAUAAUUAGAAGAAGAAGAAGACACAGUGUUUCAUUGUUGGAAAGCACCCUAUGGCUCGCCAGCUACCGAUGGUCAUUUGGGCCUAGCAAACCUAUGGACCUGAGCUCAAGCACUGCGGACAGACACACGCAGCCACACAAUUCACACGAACAAGUACACCAGGAGAUUGGGAGUUUUGCAAGGAUUGGUUUCACAGUAAGUACAGUAAUUUAAAUAACCAAAAAUAUAUAGGUAUUGUCUCGUUAUACAUAUAUGUAUAUGAAUUUUUCUUUCACAGCAAAUUGUGUGCCCUGGCCUCGUACAAAGGUAAAGCACCAGGACCGAGAGACAUGAAGUUUUUGUGUCCGUGCUGUCUACGUUCUUGACGACCACGUCUGGAAACUAUAUUGGCUCUCUUGGUGAGUCUUCAAAAAAUUCCGAUCCGAUUGCUGGAGGGAAAAGCGUUGCAGUGCCUAACGGAACGCGAAAUGAAUUGACGAUGAUUGAUAAGAUCCGUGUGCGAGCGACAGAAUGAAUGUGAGUGUGCGCGCAAGAACGACAUUGUCAAGUAACGCAAGUAACAUUGUUUUGUAGCUGCAUGCCGAGAAAGGGUAGAAA